UCCGAGUAAAUCCAGGGAUUGAAAAGGAAGAUGGAUGUCCCAUCAUGCAGUGCGCCUGGAUUCUCCCAUCGUGACUAUCACAUCCAGAGAGUGAUGAUGGCGGCCGGUUAGAUCCACACGUAAACAGCGCCUUCGCAUAGCCGCAGUCGCCGAAGCUCUCCGGGGCAGCCAGCCUCGCUCACCGCGGCGGUGCCGAUCGCGUCGGUGGGGAUACGGGCGAUCUAUCGUCCCCUUUCGGCAAGCAUAAAUCUAAUUUUUAAACGGUCGUAGGAAAAAAAAAUCUACAUAAUAAUAACAAUAAUAAAACAUGGACGAGCACCCUGGCGGAGGAGGAGCGGCCGCUCAGCGACAGCCGCCGCAGCAGCAGGGCUGCAGCAGCAGCGGCGGCGGCGGUGCUAAUCCGUCGGCCGGAACGGUUAUGGUGCCGCAGCCGACCGACGACCUGCCCCGGCCCCAGCAGCAGUACACCAUCCCCGGGAUCCUGCACUACAUCCAGCACGAGUGGGCCCGGUUCGAAAUGGAGAGGGCUCACUGGGAGGUAGAGAGGGCUGAGCUCCAGGCCAGAAUAGCCUUCCUACAGGGGGAGAGGAAAGGCCAGGAGAACCUGAAGAACGACCUUGUUAGAAGAAUUAAAAUGUUAGAAUAUGCUUUAAAGCAGGAAAGAGCAAAGUAUCACAAGUUAAAAUACGGAACAGAGUUGAACCAAGGAGAGAUGAAGAUGCCAAGCUUUGAAUCGGACACCAAAGAGUCAGAGGUCUCUGCUGUUCCUGCCAACAGUCAGCUCACGUGGAAACAAGGACGGCAGCUACUCAGACAAUACCUUCAGGAAGUUGGGUACACGGACACAAUCCUGGACGUUCGGACCCAGAGGGUCCGCUCUCUGCUCGGACUGUCAGGAUCCGAGCAGAACGGAGCAGUAGAGAACAAAAACCUGCAGCACCUGAUCAAUGGAACAGAGCGCUGUAAAGACAGUAAGAGGAUUCCAAGUGACGAUCUAGAGACGUUCAACUUUCUAGAGAAUGCAGAAGAUAGCGAUGAGGACGAAGACGAAGAGGGAGACCUGAUGAAUGACAUCAGCACUGACAAGCACCACAGAGCCAAAAAACACAAGACCAGGGUUGGAAACGAAGGCCUAGCGACAGAGGACGAUGCGGAUACAGAGGAGGCCCUGAAGGAAUUCGACUUCCUGGUUACAGCCGAGGAUGGAGAAGGGGCCGGGGAAGCGCGUAGCUCUGGAGACGGAACAGAGUGGGCGGAGCCUCUACCAUUUCCUACUGCAGGGGGGAAGCCCUUCUUAUUAGGAGGUUCGGACGAUGUAUUGGAAAGUGUGCUGGGCUUGGGUGACCUUGCUGACCUUACUGUCACCAACGAUGAAGCGGACUUUGGCUAUAAUAUGUCAUCUAGUAAGGAGUCUUCAUUCAGGAAGACUUGGAACCCCAAGUACACGCUGCGGAGCCACUUUGACGGAGUGCGAGCUUUAGCAUUUCACCCCGUUGAGCCCUGUCUGGUCACCGUGUCUGAGGACCACACCCUCAAACUGUGGAACCUAACCAAGACCGUCUCUGCCAAAAAAAGUGCCUCUUUUGACGUGGAGCCCAUCUACACAUUCCGGGGUCACGUCGGUCCAGUGUUGUCGCUGGCAAUGACCUCCAGUGGCGAACAGUGUUUCAGUGGUGGCAUUGACUCUACUAUCCAGUGGUGGAACAUCCCCAGCUCUAACGUGGACCCCUACGACACCUAUGAUUCCAGCGUCCUGGCAGGUUCGUGGGGGGGGCACACCGACGCUGUGUGGGGAUUAGCUUACAGUGGCAUCAAGAACCGCCUCUUGUCCUGCUCCGCUGAUGGAACGGUGAAAUUAUGGAACCCCAUGGAGAAAGAGCCCUGCAUCAGCACAUUCAACUCCGACAACGAACACGGGAUCCCCACAUCCGUGGACUUCAACGGUUGUGACCCUGCCCACAUUGUGGUGUCCUUCAAUAACGGCGACAUUGCGGUUUAUGACCUGGAGACAUCCCAAGUGGUCCUGGUUCUGAAGGGACAAGGAGACAGCUCCCUCCUGACCCUGAACCAUAUUAAUAAAGUGGUGAGUCAUCCCACGCUGCCGGUUACGAUCAGCGCUCAUGAAGAUCGGCAUAUCAAAUUCUUCGAUAACAAGUCAGGUAAAUUGAUCCAUGCCAUGGUGGCUCAUCUAGAUGCGGUGACUAGUCUGUCUGUGGACCCUAAUGGCAUCUACCUAAUUUCUGGCAGUCACGACUGCUCCCUGCGUCUGUGGAACUUGGACAGUAAAACUUGCAUACAGGAGAUCACGGCUCACCGCAAGAAGAGCGAGGAAGCCAUCUACGACGUCACCUUUCACCCCUCUAAGGCCUACAUCGCCUCUGCCGGAGCGGACGCCCUCGCCAGAGUCUACGUGUAGAUGAGGAGAGAGAGAAGAAGAAGCAGACGACUGCAGGCCGAGAGACAGAGCAAAUCGGGCUAAUCUGGACACACGGCUAGGAUCCAGGUCUGUUCAGGUUCCUGAACACAGAAAUAUAUAUUAUAUGGAAGACUGGAAGUGGCAGGAUCUCCGUAAGAAGACUGCAAACCGUGCAUGCGAGUACUCCCUCAGAGGUGGGGGGUCUCCCUGCAUCCGAGCGAAGAGACUGAAACACUUUUCGACUGCAGAAACAAUGCGGAAGCAUUGUUUUGAACCUGCAGACACACAACAAGUAGCUCACAUUGUACUGUGAUGUCAUCCGAUCCCGUUUGCAGAGGGCGAAAUUAGCUCUGUUCACACCGUUCUCCUCCUCCCCCUCCCCUCAUCUUAUCGACAGUAACUGUUGUCUCCUCAUCCAGACGAGAGAAACGGAGCAACGUAAAGGAAAAAUCUCCCUCAAACUAGCAUUGCGCUCAGCGGUUUGGUGAUCUCCCUUCACCUCUUGAUGGCAGUGAUACAACGUCCACACAGGUUGAAGCUUUUCAUGCAUUCGCUCCACGCGCGCUUUGAUUUUUUUCUGUAAGCCAUCAACGUGUGCUGCAGCCACCGAUUGUCGGGUGGUUUACAUGUUUUUUGCCCAUAUUUUUGACUCCGUACAGUGGAUGCAUUUUGAUACGAGUGCACACACAAAACACGGUAGUGCACAAUAUAUCGAAUGGCGUUCACAGCUCUAAAAAAAAAUGCCAAUACAAAAUUGAUAUAUCCUGUUACAUUCAACCAUUUUUUUUUGUUAUUAAGGGCAGGGUAAAUUUAACAUUUCAUCCAGUCUGAUACAGAUGCAGGUACCUGUAAUUCUUUACCAAACGGUACCAUUUUUGGUACUUUACCCAUCUCUGUGGCUAAAUGAAAUGUCAGUAAUUAGUUCAUUAAGUGAAACAGUGCUCUGGUAUGUGGUGUCUGUAUUACCGAGGGAAAAAAAGAUCAAUGACAAAUGGUUUUUAUUUCACCAAAUAAAUAAUACAUUGAAAGAAAUUUUACAGUUUUAUACGCCAUCUGCUUAUCACAUGGCCAGUGAAGUGUAGAUUUUAAGUGUACAUGGUGUACAUAAGCGCACUGUGAAGACUUGCAGGCUUUGGAAAAGCUCCAGUUAGUCAUUGAGAUUUUUUUCUAUUUUCACAUACCCUCAAAAAAACAGCUCCGAGACGGUAACCGCACACGUGUAACUCACGGCCACGGCUGGUGGCUUUUGCUCUCUACAAAGCAGCUGCUAGCGCGUCGAACAGGUCGCUUGAUUUACCGCAGUUGUGCUUUUUUUCUUUUCUCAGGUAUGUGAAUUACACCCGGUGUUUAUUGCAGUAGUUUUGGGGCUUUUUUCUGGAGCACAUAAAGCAUGAGAGCACAACAGCUAGGUCACAUGAAGAUUCUGUGAGCAUGUCAAUCAUGAAACUGCCGCGUUGUUUUUUUUUUUGUUGUUGUUAUUGUUGUUUUUAGGUGUUCUGUAACUGUUCUGCCCGGUAGAAAUGCAAGUCAGGGAGGCUACCGCCCGUGGGACCCUAAUCAAGGAGCUUUUUGGUUUCAUUCGGCAGAGCUAAAUGAUUGGUGAGUAGGUUCUGCAGAAUUACUCUAUAAACACCUCCGGCUUCAAAUGACUUGUUCAGCGCUCGCCACGCGAGUUUGACGCGUUUUCUUUUGCCACAGUGAAAUUAACGUGAAACACAGAGAGGAAAUAUCUGAAGUUAAGUCGACCGAAUAGAGCAGGUUACAAGCAAUGUCCGCCCCAGAUUUUGAUUUAAUGUCGUUAUGUUUGUGUUAAACGUAAAUCCUGAAUCUGCAUGAGGCGGAUAUUGUACAAAGGAACGCUUUCACGGCAUCUAAGUAAGCAGUUCUGUUCUCCGAUAAGAUUCACAAAACGAAGGAUAAAUACCUUUUUUUUUUUUUCAUUGAUUUGUUUAGUUCCACCUCCUCACAUCAGUAAAAUCACAGGUAACAUUUUUAAAGACGUCACUAGACAUAAACCAGAGAAAUGUUAGUUCACCUGUAAGUAUAUUCAAAUUAGGGAAAGCAGAAAGUGGACUGAGGAUAAACAUCUGAGGGGGAUUUUUCCUUUGAACCCAGAGAAACAUUGUUUGAAUUCAGCCGAACAUCUGAUGUUUGAACUCACUGUGGUUUUUCAGCUUUUUUUUUUUAAAUAACUUAAAUCUUUACUAAAGUUUUAGGACAAAAAAACCAAAAGACACUUUUACAGACUUGUACAUGUUUAUAAAGAGGUUCUGAAAUAAAAAAAAAACAGGGCAAACUGCAGCUGUUGAGUGGGUAACCACAACGAUUUCAAUGUCAGAUAUUCUUUUAAUCUCUGAUGGUUUGGGUUGGUCCGAUGUUUGUCCCAACACCAGCGGAGAACCGGUCAAUAUUCUGCACCUCAGCUCUUCACGAGUCAACCAGAGUCCCGUCGUUUAAAGCCCGGUCAUACAAUAAUGCAGAGGGGUUCCUUAUUUAGAAUCGCUGUAGUUAUUUUUGUUGGUGUGAAAGAAAUUCUAGUUUUUAUAAACCUUUUUUACAAACGCCUCCUCUCUGAGGCUUAAGAGGACUUUGGGCCCUCUGGCCUGUCAAGUUUGCCAUCCCAGAUCCCGUCCGCUCCUCACACUGACCCAUUGAAACCGACGUUUUUGAAGAUUUCGAGUAAAGUGGAGAAACCAUGAGCACCGGAUUAGUAUACGGCUUCUAAAAUUCUUAACGCAGAAACCAGGUCUGUGACGUGAGAUCGUCAAUUCCCAUUGACGCUUUUCAAUAGGAAUCGUUUACUAAUGUACACAUUGGUAUGACAAACCUGCAUCCCAGUGCUCCAUUGUGAAUUUUUUUUUUUUCCUGUCAAAUGCUAAAAUGUAAACGGGAUUUUUUCAGAACAAAGAAACUGACGCUUUCUUUACUCGCUGCAAGCUAAUAUCUCAAUAUUAAUUUCUGCAUCUAACUUUAUUUUUGCGAAAACUGACAUCUGAUUAAAACGUAACUUUUUAUAACGUGGAGUAUUUGUGAUACAGAAAAAAUGGAGUAAUUUCAUACCUGAUAAAUGGUCAGAUAAUUGGCUUUGGAAGCCGGUGUGUGAGACCGGUCAGCCUGAGGCUCAGAGCGAGUCUCUCCUCACGGCUUUAGGCUCCUCUUCGCUGUAGUCGGAGUGCUGUUAUUUUCUGGUCUCCUCAGGAAAACAUGUCAGAUCUCCAGGAGAACAGACUGGGGACGGGGUGUGACUUACGAGCUGAAUUUUUUCUGCUGUUUUUUCCGAUCUGCGGUUUCCUGUCGUGUCAUUUUCAGCAACACUAAGAUCACGUUUGUUACUACGACGCUUCUGUUUGUGUAAUGCAUGAUUAAAACAAAAAGUAUUUUUUCUAGUCUUCCAACAAAAAGGAAAAUGAAAUUCUGAUCAAUUUGCUUUUUUUUUUGUUGUUGUCUUCUUUUGAUUUAUAAACUUUGAACAGGCGAUUUUAAAGACAGUACCACUUAGCAGAAUACAGCUGUUGAAAUGUAUAUAUAAUGUCUAUAAUAACUAUUAAAUUGGUGUACCUGU